AUGAACUCCUUUCGCGUCGCCCGCGCAGCUCUGAGAGCUCGCCCCUCAGCUCUGCGGCUGCCGAUUCAGCCCCUGCAGCGACGUACCUACGCCGAAGCUGUUCCCGACAAGGCUCGUGUCCUCAAUCAAGCUCAGCUUGUCCCUCCCUCAUCAGGUACGAACCUCCGCCGAUUGCGAUCCACCGAGCUCGGAGCAGUCCCGAGAGCGUCCGGCCUCUCCUCAAUCUACACAUCCCAAAAUGUCGUCCAAGUCAACAUCCCCGCCGAGUCUGGAGAGAUGGGUGUCCUCGCCAACCACGUUCCGUCGAUCGAGCAGCUGAAGCCGGGUCUGAUUGAAGUCAUCGAGGAGACCGGUACCAGCAAGCAAUUCUUCCUGUCUGGCGGCUUUGCUACUGUCCAGCCCAACUCGUCAAUGAGCAUCAACGCGGUCGAAGGUUACCCUCUGGAGGACUUCAGCGCCGAUGCCGUUAGAUCUCAGAUCACCGAAGCCCAGAAGGUCGCAAACGGCGGUGGCAGCGAACAGGACAUCGCAGAGGCGAAGAUCGAGCUGGAGGUUUUGGAGAGCUUGCAAGCCGUUCUGAAAUAG